AGAGUCACGAUGAAACAGUCACGAACAGCCCCAAUUUACCCGACUGACAUUUGUUUUUUUCCUCCCCAAUAUAAAACGGCAUCUUUGAUAGAAUCCAAACUUCGCAAGGUGCUAAAGUAAAUAUGUUUUAAAGUAAUCUCACACCUGAGAUAAUUAAAUCCAAUUGAAUUGAAAUCCACCUCCUUUCAAUUUUGAUUUAAGGCCAUUCUAUAGAUGAAGUUCAUCAACAUUUUCCUCCUAGUGUAGUAAAUACUGGAUAUAUUUAUUGAUUCGUAGCAUAUCUUUCUGAAUUGCAAUCCUGGAGGGUUUGACGAACCUUGUAAAUCAUUAACCACUGUGAAAAUAAAGGUCCGUUACAAGAGGUCAAUUUGGUUCUGUCCACAUUUUAGUGGCCCAUGGUUAAUCUUUAAUUUGACCAGUUUGAUUUCCCACCCCGUUUCCCCAUUCCAUGGGAUGGCGGCAGAGGUCCCCGCACCGGUGCGGGGCUACCGGUGGCUCCUGUGUGGCUGCUGGUUCUCAGCCUGGGCUCUCUACACCAUCUGCUCCGCGUUCUCAGAGUUCGUCAGCAAAGUCUUCAUCAGCCAGUACCGCUUCAGUUUCCCUGCCUUCAUCGUCCUCUGCCAGACACUACUAACCAUUGGCAUGCUGCAGUUACUCAAACGAGUUGGGCUACUGAAGAUUCGGCCCUAUUUACUGGAGAAUGGAGAGAUUUUCUUGCUCCCUUCUAUUUGUUACUGUUUUCAUUCCAUCCUCAUCCUGUGGGCUGUGACCAACUCCAGCUCCACUGUCUUCACCUUCAUCAGGCGGUUCACCCCAGUGGCCAGCUUAGCCCUGAUGCAAACAUUCAACUUGAAAAAGAGAGCGUCUACCGGCAGUGCCUUCCUUGUGCUCCUGGUCACUUUGUGCUCGGUUCUUGCAGGUGUCCACACCUUCAAUGAUGAAGCCAUUGGUUACGUCUAUGGGUUGAUGAACGUCAUGCUCGAGAGCACUUAUCUCACUUUGCUCCAAAGGAUUUGUGAAGACCAAAAGACAUCAGUGGUGGAUGUUCACUACACCUGUACCAUCAACAGCUGCCCACUGCUGCUUGUGUACUGCCUUCUCCAUCCAGAUACUCAUCAGAUCUACCCUUCGGGAAGUUGGACCAGUCUGAUCUUUUUGGGCUUCUUUUCCUUGGUGCUGCUCCUGGGAUGUUUCCUGAAGCUUCUCGCUUGCAUGUGCACUUUGUUGAGUUCAGCACUGAUGACGAGCAUGGUGGAGGUUGCGAAGACGGACAUACUGACUCUAAGGAGCAUCAUUGCAUGUGAAUGGAUAGUCUCGCCAUCACAGCUCACGAGUCUUCUCAUCAGUGCCAGCGGAGUGGGCAUCUUUAUAUAUAAAGAUUGCAGAGAAACAAAUAAAUCAACGAGGAACGAGACUGUGGGAUUCAAACUCUGAAAAAUGUUCAGUAUAUUUCAAAUAUUAGAAUUUAACUCAGGGAGUCGUAUUCCACCUUGCCACUCAAAUGAUUAAUCGCUGAUGCUGCAGUGGAGAAGAGGACACAUCCAAAUACAUGUCUCACUAGGAAAUCAUGUAAAGCUAUUCAACACAAGGUCAUUUAUAACUUCUGGCUCUUGUGAUUUCCAGCUGCCUCAAAAUCCAGAGGUUAUACAAGUUGCUCUCUGACGACAUGUGUACAGCACUGUGGCAGCAGGUUUGCAUGGAGAAAGCUCUCACAAACAGCAGUCUGGUAAUGAACAUAUAUUGUGUUCUUGGGGACAAUUGGGAUAGAUUCAGAGUAGACCUGGCAAACCAAACUAGACAUCCAUGUGACACUGGACCAAUGCAGCAGAAAUGUACACCAUUGCAAUCUGCAACCUCACGGCCUGGCAUUUCCUUGACAUUGCUUCAAUGAGGAGUGCAGUCAAUAGU